AGCCCAAAGGCCAGAAAGCUGUGUUCUGUAGCAAAUAUAGCAAGGAGCUAACUUCAUCCCUCUCUUAACAUGUCGGCCCUCUGUUUGGCUUUCCUUACCAUUAUUGCACUCCUCUCUGAGAUCAAUGGUCUCCCAACAACUAGCCCCACUAGAAACAGCUCGACAACUACAGCAGUCAACAGAAGUACAAGAUCACUAUUAUCCGGCGACGAUAAUUUGGUGAUCACUGAAGUACAGAACCAAUGCUGUCACUACUCUGAUACGUGUUGUGAAGGCAUUUUGGCAAAUCAUGCAAAGGAAGUAAAAGCCAAGAAUUGCAUCAAAAAAAAUGAUAAACAGCAAGACUUAAAAUCUAAAGAGAAGUGCCCAAUCCCAAGCAAGAUACUGAAAAAGACCCAAGGAAGAGAACUCUACUGCAGUGUCCUCAACAUAAUCGACAAAGAAAUCGUAACAGAUGUGAUUCCAAAGUUGGCAGCAACUAACAGCUGCAUUGCUUAUGAUGGAAGCAACAAGGAGAUCAGGGAGCCGGCUCACUUUGUAAAUACUGUUAGAGCAUGGCUGGACAGUAUGCGUGAGACUCAUACAACAGAAAACUGCUGUUUCCAAGCUCACAACAUAACCCAAGAGGAAGAAGAAGAGUUUGUUUCAAAAUGGAUAUUCACCAUUGACGAAACAAUUACAGAUCCUGAAGAACGUGCAAGAGCAAAAGCACAACAAAAAGUAGACUGCACUAAGCAAUGGAGUGAGGCACUGUACCAUUUAUCACUAUACAUGAACACUGUUGAGAUGCUAGAAUCACUUGGAAGAAGAAAGUCUUGCUUGAGAGGAUGCGUUGGCGAAGAGGGCGUUAAAUGCGCUAAACAUUAUCUCUUUGGAACUCAAUCAAGCUAAAUAAUAAUUAUUAUUAUAUUAAUGUUAUUAUUAUUAUUACUAUUUAUUUAUGUUUUAAACUAUAAUCAUCAACUCAUUGUUAGUCCUCUCUAUAUAUUAUAUUAUAUAUUUAUGCAUUUAUUACGGCAAUGAUAAUAAUUAUUACAAUGA